CGCCUACUAAAUUAGUUUAAUUUGGAACUGGAGUCUAGGCACAGAGCAUAUUGCACAGUACACGCUUUGAUAUGAGUGAAAUGGAUGUGUGGAGUACUCUGCCUCCGUGCAUGCCUUUGGCUUUGCUCUUUUUCUUCAUGCAUUUUGAAAGUGUGUCAACUUUCGAGCUUACAUUGCUACACACCAACGAUGCUCACGCUCGGAUUGAGGAGAAUAGUAGAGAGUCGGGUAAAUGUAGCCCAGGUAGUCCUUGUUUUGGCGGAGUGGCCAGGAGGUUCACAAAAAUAGCAGACAUUCGGAGCAAAGAACGGAAUGUGCUAUUGCUGGAUGCUGGCGAUCAGUUUCAGGGUACUGUCUGGUUCAACUACUACAAAGGGGAGGAAGCUGCGUAUUUCAUGAACAAGCUUGGAUAUGAUGCGAUGGCAUUUGGAAACCAUGAGUUUGACAAUGGAGUGGAGGGCCUGCUCUGCCCUUUUCUGCAGAAGGUGAACUUCACUGUUCUCAGUGCCAACAUCAAGGCAGAUGCAACACUCGCCCCAACUAUCAAUGGUUACUAUCAACCCUACACAACAUUCACGAUGGGCUCUGAAAUAGUGGCUGUGGUAGGUUACACCUCAGUGGAAACUCCAGUCUUAUCCUUACCAGGUCCACACCUGAUCUUUGAGGAUGAGAUCAAAGCCUUGCAGGUCCAGGUGGAUAAACUGAUCACUCUUGGUUACAAUAAGAUCAUCGCACUUGGUCACUCUGGAUUUGACGUGGAUAUAGACAUCGCCAAGCGAGUGAAAGGCGUGGACCUGGUCAUCGGAGGACACACCAACACUUUCCUCUACACAGGGGGUGUCCCAUCUUCAGAGGUGCCGACGGGUCCCUACCCCUUCAUGGUGAGGUCUGAGGACGGGAGAGAUGUCCCUGUGGUACAGGCUUUUGCCUUUGGGAAGUACCUGGGAUACCUCAAGUUGGUCUUCGAUAAAGCCGGGAACGUGGUGAAGGCGAAUGGAAACCCCAUCCUGCUGGACAGCAGCAUAGCCCAGGAUCCAGGUAUCCUUGCUGAUGUUGACGAGUGGAAGAAGAACUUGGCCCAGUACUCGACUCAGUACGUGGGGAAAACCCUGGUGUAUCUCAAUGGAACCUUUAAUGAGUGCCGGUUCCGAGAGUGCAACCUGGGGAACCUCAUCUGUGAUGCAAUGAUUCAUCACAAUAUCAAGUAUGCAGAUGAGAUCCAGUGGAAUCACGUCAGUUUAUGCAUCCUGAACAGUGGAGGCAUAAGGACAGGAAUUGAUGAAAGUCACAAAAAUGGCACCAUCACCAUGGAGGAAGUUAUAUCAGUCUUACCAUUCGGAGGCACUUUUGAUCUGGUGCAGUUGAAGGGAUCAACCUUGAAAAAGGCAUUUGAAAACUCUGUCCGAAGAUACGGGAGCAGCAGAGGAGAAUUUCUUCAAGUUUCAGGAAUCCAUGUUGAAUACGACCUGUCACGGUCAGUGGGGGACCGUGUGACGUCCUUGAGCCUCCGCUGCUCUCAGUGCCGUGUGCCCAGAUACGAAUCCCUGGAUCCAGACAGGCUGUACAAGCUGGUCCUACCAUCCUACAUUGCAGACGGAGGAGAUGGUUUUACCAUGAUCAAGGAGGAGAAACUGAAACAUGACACUGGUGAUCUGGACAUCUCGGUUUUCGCCAACUACAUCAAGGAGAUGAAGAGGGUGUACCCAACUGUGGAGGGCCGCAUCAAGUUCAGAAACUCAUCCGUGGCGGCUGGGGCCAACUGUCUGACUUUGUUACUGCUAGGCCUGCUGUGGGCCCUGUCCACAAGCCUAUGAGAAAUUAUUUCCAGAAGAUCACAAUAUGGCAGGUUUCUGUGGUGAUGUGUCACAUAUUUAAAUUUUUCUAAAACGGCUGCUGUUUACAAGAAAGAGCAUUAUACUAUUUCAAGAAAUAAUGUAUUUAUAUUUGCAUUACUACAGUAUACAGUAAUGACUUUGUUUUGUCACUUUUAUAGAGUCAUGUAUAUUUUAUUGUUGUUGCAAUUUAGUCAUAUUUAUUGUCAUGUUUGUGAAAGUUAAUGAAAGCAAAAUAUUUUAGGUUAAAACCUUUUGAUACUCUCAGACCUGUCAAAGAUUUAGUAGAUGAAGAGCUGGUGCAUGUCAAAUGUGUAUUUUGCAUGCAGGAUAUACAGCAGAGUGCCUUCAGAAAGUAUUCAUACCCCUUGACUUCUUCCACAUUUUGUUGCGUUCCAGCCUGAAUUUAAAAUGAAUUAAAUAGAUUAAGUCAAGGAGUAUGAAUAUUUUCUGAAUGCACUGUAGAGUAAGUCUGACUGUCCUGUGUGUUCAGGGGAGUUGUUGAGUUUCCACUGAAGUGAUGACAGUCUGAUGAAGGAAUCUAAAGAAUUCUCACCAUUUAGCUCUAAGGCAAGCCAAAUCAGAUUUGAAAAAACCCAUGGUAUUAAAACAUCACUAUUUCCAAGUCUUUCCGGGAAGGCAGGCCUGCAAGCUGUCAAUGACAGCGGCAGAGUGCAGACUAAAAUGAGUCAUGGCUCUGAACAUGUGCAUGUUUACUUCAUGAUAAUUAUAGGCCUAUAAGGGCACGAGGCGAGACCCAAAUGCAGACAUAGGAGGCAGAUGGUAGAGCUCCAAUAUUUAUUAUAACAAAGGGAGUAGGCAAAGGCAGGUUUGGGACAGGUGAGAGUUCAUAAACUAGGUCAGAGUCCAAACAGUACCAGGGGAUAGGCAGUCUCAAGGUCAGGCCAGGCAGGGGUCAGAAACCAGGUCAGAGUCCAAACAGUACCAGGGGAUAGGCAGUCUCAAGGUCAGGCCAGGCAGGGGUCAGAAACCAGAUCCGAGUCCAAGGAAGGCUGUUGGUCAGAACAGGCAGAGUGGUCAGGCAGGCGGGUUCGGAGUCAGUACAGGCAAGGGUUGAAACCAGGAGGACUAGAAACAAACAGAGACUGGGAAAAAUAGGAGCAAGGAAAACCGCUGGUUGACUUGGCAAACAAGAUGAACUGGCACAGAGAGACACAGGGAUAUAUACACCGGGGAUAAUAAGCGACACCAGGAGGGGGUGAAGACAAUCACAAGGACAGGUGAACCAGAUCAGGGUGUGACAAGGCCAGACAAGAAACGAUGUGGGGAGGUUUACAAAAGCAGCGACCAAGUUUGAUUGAGUCUUCAGACAUGUUUCUUUUCUCAUCACAAUCAUGUUCAGUCACAUCAAUUUUUUCAGUAUUAUUGUUUUAUGAAUCAGUAAAAAUGAUCACAAGGGCAGCGGUAUGAGUGGUUUAAGUGCUGUAUAUACAGUUCAUUCCAACAACAUGCAGCAGAUGAAGCAGAGACUAAAGCCAGACAAUCCUCUUGCCACGUCCAUGGAGCCAUGUUAGUAGCAGUCUCCUGCUGUCCCUGCUGCUGGUUGAAAAAAAACACAUCAAAUCCACAUGUUCAAUGUAUGUAUAAACACUGAAGGCUGUAAAGCCCAAACAUCUGUGUAUGCUGAUGCAGUGAAAAUAAUUAAAAACAUUGAAUAAUGAA